AUGAUUGUUGAGAUGCUUGGAUGGGGUCUUGAAGAAGGGAAGACUCUUUUUGGUUUUGGUUAUGAUUUUCGACAAAGCAACAGACUGCAGGAAGUUAUGGACUCGUUUGCUAAGAAGUUGGAGUCAGUUUACAAAGCUUCAGGAGAGAAGAAGAUUAAUGUUAUUAGUCAUUCUAUGGGAGGACUGUUGGUCAAAUGUUUCAUGAGUCUCUACAGUGAUGUAUUUGAGAAGUAUGUGCAGAAUUGGAUUGCUAUUGCUGCUCCAUUUCGAGGUGCUCCUGGAUACAUCACAUCAACUUUACUGAAUGGAAUGUCAUUUGUCAAUGGCUGGGAACAGAACUUUUUCGUCUCAAAAUGGAGUAUGCAUCAACUGCUUAUUGAGUGUCCAUCUAUAUAUGAACUGAUGAGUUGCCCGUAUUUCAACUGGGAACUCCCUCUGGUUCUAGAGCUGUGGAGAGAGAGAGAGAGCAAUGAUGGAGUUGGGUCCUCUGGUGUUGUUCUUGAGUCUUACCGUAGUCUAGAGAGCCUUGAAGUGUUUACCAAAUCUCUUUGUGAUAAUAAACCUGAUUAUUGUGGAGAGCCUAUCGAUCUACCUUUUAACUGGAAGAUCAUGGAGUGGGCUCACGAAACCAAGAGAGUGUUACACAAUGCCAAGCUUCCUUCUAAAGUUAAAUUCUACAACAUCUAUGGGACCAAUCUAGCAACCCCUCAGAGUGUUUGCUAUGGGAAUGAGAAGAUGCCUGUCAAAGAUCUAACGAACCUAAGAUACUUCCAGCCGACGUAUAUAUGUGUUGACGGUGAUGGUACAGUCCCAGUGGAAUCUGCCAUGGCGGAUGGGCUUGAAGCAGUAGCAAGAGUUGGAGUCCCCGGUGAGCACCGAGGAAUCCUCAACGACCACCGUGUCUUCCGGAUGCUCAAACAAUGGCUAAACGUAGGCGAGCCUGACCCCUUCUACAACCCUAUAAACGAUUACGUCAUCCUUCCCACCACAUUCGAGAUGGAGGAACACCAUGAAAAUGGUGUGGAGGUUGCUUCUGUGAAAGAAUCGUGGGAUAUCAUAUCAGACGGCAACAACAAGAAUGAUGCCACAGCUGCGCCAACAGUGAGCUCAAUAUCGGUGUCUAGACCAGGGGAUGAUGAAAACCCACAGGCUGAAGCUCGUGCAACUUUAACAGUCCAUCCACAAGGCGAUGGUAGACAACAUGUCGAGCUUAAUGUUGUGUAUGUCUCUGUUGAUGCAUAAAACCGCAUCUUACCGUUUGUAAUGUGUCAUGUCUAAGCGUCUGCGUCUGUACAUAGCAAACGAAUCCCGUGUACAUUAACCAUAAUAAUAAGUGUCGUGUUCUGAAUUGCUCUUUAAGCGUACACGAUUCAGU